CCCUGCCUUUAUAAAUACCGCACUGCUCUUCCAACAAGCUCCGGCUCUUUUGAAAAAGGGGAAUUGCAUCAGGAGCUGUGUUUGGGUGUCUCCGAGCCCUGUGCAAGGCAGAUAACAAGCAGAACAGAGACCAUGAGGAUCAAAAGCUUUGGACUCCUUUGUGUGUUGAUGCUGGUCUCCCAGCUGCUACUAGCCAACUGUGAAAGACAGAAGGAAAGAAAAAAGGGAAGACAAGGCAUAGAACAUGGUAGAAAAAACCAGAAAGAAUCUAACCAAGGAAAUGAAAAAGGGCAGAAGUCAAAAGGAGGAAAAUCAUCUCCUAAAGGCAAGUUUGAAACCAAAGAAAAUGCUGAGUGCACCUGGUCAGUGACGGACACAAAUGCUGUUACUGUGCACGUACAGUGCAAGCACGGUGACAGUGAGUUCUGGUGUGAAUUCUCUGGUGAACCUUCUAGCUGUGCACAGUACGCAGCAAACCAGAAAUCCUACUGGAAACAAGUCUCCCGAUCCCUAAAGAAGCAGAAGCAGAUCUGUCAAGACCCCAAAAGUGUACUAAAAUCUAAAUUAUGUAGGAAAGGCCCACAAAGUGCUCACCUCAGGUUGACUCACUCAAGCUUACUAACAGCAGUGGGUCCUGCCAAAGAGAACAAAAUGCAUCACACAAAAGAAGUUGCUCAGACUCCAGCAGAUGCCUCUGUGACUGAAAAUAAGCUAGAACACAGUCCUCAAGACUGUGUUGAAGAUGUAGAUUACAUUGACCAGAAAAAGGUGGCUGAGGAAUACUGUCCAGAAAGCUUGCUUUCCUUCUGCAACUUUUUUAUUACAAUGGUCCAAGACAAACGAUGCUGAGGAGGUGUUUCCAAAGCUCUGAAUCAUGAAGGUCUGGUCUCAUCUGAGUUACUGCAAACCAUUCCAGAUUUUAUUCUUAUGUUAUUAUCAGUGUAUAUAAGCAAGAAGGAAUAUAUUUUUCUGAUUUUGUAUAUACACAACAGACUACACUUAACAUAGCUGAAGAUGUUAUAGAUGUUAUGUGCCCACAGAUUGCUACCCAAUGGAUGUGUUACCAGUGGAUGUUACAUACUCUGUGCAGAAGUGUAUCAGUAAUCUCCUUGGCCCUCUUUGAGGUGUGCUAGCCAAAGUGAUGAAUUCAGUGCCAUGCACUUAUGCACUUCUUGGUUAUGUACAAUGCCUUUGACCUAAAAGUUAUUAAGAAAAAUAAACUUCAAAAUACAUUCAAAACUGCAAAAUAAUAAAAAUAAUAAACUUCAAAAUA